GGUUUAAAGGCUGAAUAGGGGCCAGUAUCUCAGAGAGGAAGAAAGAGAAAGAAAGAUCCCCUCUUUCGCCCCGGCUCGCUACCCAAGCACAGAGAGCGGUUACUUACGAUUCUACAGUCAACCUCUGGACAUCCACCUGCGAGGACGGAGGUGCUCGACCCCACUCGACAUCCGGUGUAGUGACAUGAACGGUGUUUGAGGAAGAGAAAGAGAGAAUCGUGUGCCCUAAUUCUAAUAUUCCUUUAUUCGGUAUCAAUAUCCUUUUCUUUUACUUAUCCAGUCUCUCGAGGAUAGUUUGCUUGAUUUUAAUGUAACGUGGAGAUCGCCGGACGGACCGAGAAAAGGACUUUAACUCAAGUUAAAACAAAUGUUCCUCACGAUGUCCAGGUAUCUCGGUCUGAUACUUAUUAUCACGGCUUUUACGUAUGCACACGAUGCCAGGAAGUGUGAGGGUAACGGUCUAGGUCUAAAAUAUAUAUGGGGUGACGCACUCACCGAUUCCGCUGAUUGCAUAGGACCAAAUAACAUGCAAUAUCCCUCCGCCGCAAUAUCGAGGAGCUUUAAGAACCUCUGGGCGGGCAGUAGUCGAACCGCGCGAUCGCAUCAGCCACGGACGAUUGAUCCCGAACUGACGAGGAAAGCGCUUUUGCACAACUACAGAGCGGCCCACGGGGACUAUUCUAUCGCCGGAAGCUCCCGGAACGGCCGUGCGUUUUCCACGAAGGAAAGUUGCGGCUCGCCCGCCCGACUCUGUAAAACAAGAUACAAUACCACGGCUCCUAUGUACGGCAUCAGCCUCACCAGCGGACAACCAGUAACGAUCGUACAAAAGUUCCCCGACCUCCUGCAGCAGGUCGUCUUCGAAGUUUGCGAAUCGAAGGAAUGCGACGUGGUUCACGGCGAGUGCACGCAGACCUUCGUGCCGUACCUGUUUCUGGUGAUUCCUCUCGGACCGGUGACCUUGACCGGCCAGGAUUACGUGUUGGUGGAAAGCGGUUGCGUCUGCAAGGCGAGAAAUUCGGCGGGCGCGUCAAACGACGCGCCGCCGGCCGUUCCAAGCUAUUAAAUGUUCGUCAAGUCGCAAGCAUCUCCGAUUGUUCUCUGUCGGGACGACAAAAGUCAUUCCAAACGCCGCGUUCCACCAGGAACGCCACGAUACAGAGCGAUCUCGGGCAUUAAAGUCCCCGAAUGGCUCGGCAAUCUCAUCGAUAUGCGACGCUAGAGUUUACUUCUUGAAAGAAAUCUGUGCGGUAAGAGUGUGUGGAUGCGUAAAACGAAUUCCAGGGAUGAAACGGAAUGAAACUAUCUUCUAUUUCUUUUUUUAACAGAAGUGAUUCCACAUUAGUUUGUCGUCCAGUUUGUUGGUUUCUUUAACUUAAUCGGUUAUCAGCUGUAAUCGCCCUAAAAACUCACUUCUUUAGGACAUGCGGACAUCCUUUGGACGUCCCACGGAUGUCUUUAGAAGAUCUGUGUUAUAUAAGCAAAUUUCUCAGUACAAUACGUUGUUAACUUGUUAAAUAUUUUGUCCUAUUAAUUUACUGUGUUCUAUAUAAGAAUUUUUUUUCUAUUAUUUUAUUUUCCUAAUCUUGAAGGCUUUAGACGAUAUAUGUGAAGAUGUGUCUGAACUCCGCGAAACUUGGGAUUUCUUUGCGCAAUCAAACUGAAAUAGACGCUGAUAAUAGAUUGAGUCAAUUAUGGAACAAAAUGAAGAUUUCUUGAAAGAAAUACUUUUUAGCGAAUGAAUUGCCCUUUGUCCCAAAUCGCGAUCCCUCGAGUUGUCUUGCAUUUGUGACAUCGGUCAAUUUAUGGGACCUGGACGAACUAUCACGAAGACGAGAAUCCGCCGUCUGACGCGACCCAUGGAAGAUAAAGACUGUCGCGGUCGAUGGAUUUAUCGUCGACGAUAAAUAUCUCUCUCAAACGAAUUUACAUAUCGUUUCUCUUUUUUUUAAGACAUCCGAAUAAUUCUGGGCUGAUACUCGGCGGAUGAGUCAAAUCAGUCUGCUCAUUUAGUUAUACUCGGAGCCGUAAUGCAAAACGUGUUUCUCAAUCGAAAUCUGCUCACCGGGGUAUCCGGAGUGUAAGGACGAUUCCGAGCGUCAUCCUCCUUCCGCUCUCAGCCUUCUCUCUUUCUCGUGCCAAAAGCCUCGGCAGGACACAUAUUCCAGCCGGCAAGUGAAAAAGCAAAUCGGGGCAGUGGACGGCCGCGCCGUUUCGCGGAAUCCGGUCUCGGAAUUCGAUCGAGUUCACUAGACUCGCCGCCUCCCCGAGCCGGUUUCGAGCAGGUGCAAAUGGCGUUUCAGGUGAGCCUGGGUGUCCACCGACGGGAUGAACGUCGUCCGCGGGCUGACCGGCUCUCCCUUAAACGCUACGUCGUCGUAAAGUUAUAUCACACACGCUCGCGCGCGCUAUUAUAUAUCGCGCUAUAAAAUCAACGCGUUUUUGCCUUAGAAAUCGGCCGAGGAUCGUCGGCGCGACCUGUAUACGAGCGGGCGCUCGUCGCUAUAUAAUUUAUCUUUACGACAUAUUGUACACUUUUAAAGAAUCAUCCUAUCCGGCCAGGAUUUCCGCGUCGUUUGAGGAUAAUGAACGACGGAACCCGAAUCCUCGUUGUUAUCGUGUACGUCACACAAAAACGGGCAGCGUCAAGAUUUUACAUUUUCUAGAGGAAAUGUAACGUUUCUUUUAGAAAUAAUUUUACCCAGAAUCUAUGCCGCUAUUUGUUUGUUAUAUUUAAGUAUAACUAGAUCGAUAAAGCUCUGCAGUUUUUGUGUAAUGUAAAAAUUAAUUGUGAGAAUACUCCGUUAUAAUACUCUUGUAUCUUAUUUCUACGAAUCUUUUCAAUAGGCGAGUUAGGGUAUUAAAUUAUUGCUAAUAUAAAACCCGCAGGUUUAACACAAUAAGUCCAAGAUAUGCUUAUUAAAAAUACUUGAAGGAUAUCUGCAAGACUUCCGUAUCUUUCCGCCUUGGCGUUUUUACUUCUUCUUUUUUUAACACUUCGCGCUUCCCGUAGCGGUAGCAAUUAUAGUAACAUCGACAGUAAGCGUUCUCCAUUUACUGGGAGUAUGUCAUCAUGACUUCAGCCUGCUGACCCAGAGAGAGAGAGAGAGAGAGAGAGAGAGAGAGAGAGAGA